AAACCACACUUAAAAACAUAGCUUAAAGCUACCAAAAUUUCCCCAAUCUCAUGGGCAGCACCUGGAGGGCAUGACCUUAGCAACCCACAACUCACACACAUGGGAUUUUCACACAAAACAUCACAGCAGCCAAUUCAAGCUAAAUUCUACAUAAUCAAGCUUAAAACACAUUUAAAAUGUUGCUAAAUGCUACCGGAAUUCAUCCCCAUUUCCGGCCAAUUUUCGGACAACACAGGAAAAUUCAAACAACAACUAAAUGGGUGAAAUUGGACUUAAAGGAAGCUGUCCAUACCGGAAUUCAAUAAGCAAGGCCGGAGCUGGCGGGUUUGGGGGGAAAAGGCCGGCGGCAGCUGCUUCUUACCAGAAAAAGCCGAAGGAUUCAAACCCAACAGAACCCGACGGACAAGGGAGGAAGAAGCAGAGCAGAUCUAGGAUUUCUGGGUUGAGGGAGAGAAUUCUAAGCCCCAAAUCUUGUGAUUUAACAAGAAAAGAAGAAGAAAUUCAUCAAGCUCACCGAUUUCCCAAGGCUGGUGCCGGCGGCUUGGAGGGGGGCUGGUCAGGUGCAGGAGAAAGUCUGCUGUAUCCCCGGGAUACAGCAACGUGGUAUCCCAACCCAAUGGGAAAACACCACAUCAACAAUUUUUUCAGACUUCAUCAAUCCCAAAACCAAAAAACAACUGAUGUGGUGUUUUCCCAUUGGGUUGGGAUACCACGUCUGCUGUAUCCCGGGGAUACAGCAGACUUUCUCCAGGUGCAGGGGAGAAGAAAAGAAGAGCAGAUGCGCAGAUAAGGAAGGAGAAAGAAAGAAAAAAGAAAAAGAAAAGCAAUUGAUCCUU